CUGUGAAAAAUUUUAAUUUUUUUCCCCUUUUCUUCCCAUGCUAUCCAGAAGCUUGGAAAGGUAGAAGAGCAGGAUCGGUGAAGGUUGGAAAGGAGUUUGAUCACUUCUUAGCCACCAAGUUUGCCACGGUGAAGCGCUACGGCGGCGAGGGGGCCGAGAGUAUGAUGGGCUUCUUCCACGAGCUGUUCAAGAUGUGCGCGUACGGCGGAGUGACGGAUGUUGUUAUUGGAAUGCCUCACCGUGGAAGGCUUAACCUCCUCACAGGUCUGCUUCAGCUUCCACCCGAGCUCAUGUUCCGUAAGAUGAGUGGUCUGAGUGAGUUCCCAGAGAAUUCAGCAGCCAUUGGGGAUGUUCUCUCCCACCUGACAUCUUCUGUGGACCUCGACUUCGGUGCCCACAGGCCUGUGCACGUCACCUUGCUGCCCAACCCCUCACAUUUGGAAGCCAUCAAUCCAGUGGCCGUGGGCAAGACACGGGGGAGGCAGCAGACCCUGCUCGAUGGAGAUUACUCCCCAGACAGCUCUGCACAGCCUGGGGACAAAGUUAUUUGCCUGCAGGUUCAUGGCGACGCUGCUUUCUCUGGGCAGGGGAUUGUUCCUGAAACACUGACCCUCUCUAAUCUACCACAUUUCAGAGUUGGUGGGAGCAUCCACUUGAUUGUUAAUAACCAGCUGGGCUAUACCACUCCUCCAGAGCGAGGAAGGUCGUCCCUGUACUGCAGUGACAUUGGUAUGUGGAGCCGAAUCAGGAGGAGAAUUGUCUGUUGUGUCAGAAAGGAUUUUUAACUUCAGUCUGGAUAUGUGCUGUGCUGUGGGCUUUUUAUAGCAAGUCCCUAUCAGCUCUGGGGAGUUGUGCUAAUAUAGCUCCAGUUUCAUGAUAGAGUAGAAAUUAAAAUUAUUAUCGAUUAUUUCCUCCUACUGGCAACAAUUCAGAUGCUAAAAAUA